AUGGUGUUGAUACUGCCACCUGAGAUCCUAAUGAAGAUCCUGUGGAACCUGGAUGCCUCUUCUCUCUACUGCAUUGGCUAUGUCAACAAGCUAUUAUAUAAGCUGGCCAAAAACAAUGCAAUGUGGCGUAAAAUGUAUUCUGCAAAAUAUGGGGAGAGUAAGAACUUGAAGGCCAAGCGCAUGGACGAGGUUGUGGAGAAGCUGAGUGUGAUGAAAGUUCAGGAGAGACCAGAGGGCUACUGGAGAAGGCUGUACUUUAGGACCGUAGCUGGCUACAACCACACCAAGUGGUUGAAGGAGCUGAGAACCAUCAAUCCCUUCACAGGCCUUCCCAGCCACACAGAGAGAGUCCUCAGAGAGCAGCGUGUGGCCUGGGAGAUCACAGUGUGUGACAGGUCGGUCUGUGAGGGGACUUUUGAGCAGAGCCACACCUACUACAGUGACUCGUCAGUGACAUUGUGCUGGACCAACGGUUCAUGGCCCGCCUUCCACCAACUCUCUACCGUACAGCUUCACGGUGUCAAGAGAGUUCCCCUCAAAUGUCCCAGCGCCAUCAAGCCAGGCUGGAGGUCUCUGAUGGCUCAGUUGGAUAUUGACACCAUCUCUAAGAGCAGCCAGGUGAUUGGUGGAGACAGACUGGUCAAGUUGGUGCUGCUGUCGCCAGGCAUCGUCAUCGGCAUCUGGAGGGGCCAGUCGUCCAUAGCCUUUGUGAUGGCCACCUUCCACUACCACAGGCUGUUGGAAAGGAGUCUCCUGGGCUCAUCUGUUUGCCCAUACACCAUUCCAGAGAACAGGCCUCUUUUUGACGACGUGGACCCAAACUACGGUCUCCAUGGUUACACGCUACACAUUACCCUCCACAACACUGUGACGGAGAUCAUGUCCGGCCACUUCCCUCAGCUCUUCUGCCGGAAAGGUCAGAUCAAUGAAGGUUUCAUCCAGCUGAAUGCCAUCAUCAGGAGUAACCAAUCUCGGCAGACCCCUCUCUCUGCCAGGGUCAGCCUGCCCUGGAGGUCUGAUGCUCUGGAGGGGACUGUGAAGAACUGCUGCAUGAUGAGCCUGACUCUGCUGGAUGAGUCCCAGAUACCCUUCUGGUGUGUCAGCACGCCUGUCUCCAUGGUGCUGGCCAAUGAGGAGCCUUUCUCCUAUGACUAUGACUACCAGGGCCAGCACUUCCUGAUCAAGUACCAGGAUGCAGAGGGAAAGGUACAGAUGGACGUGGUGCUGCUGGAGGAACAGAGACAGUUCUUCCUUAUUAAUCUGGUUGUCUACAUCAGCACAGUCAAAGUCAACCAGCACUUUGGCAGAGCCUACUAA